AACCCAUGAGGGAAAAAAUCUAGACGACCAACAAAGACGUGAUAAAAGAACAUAUGAAUACUCAACACAGUGAACUCAAACCCUGACAGUUAGUUAUUAAAGUUAGCGGUUAAAAAGGUUUUUGUAAACAAACUGUAAAAUGAAAUAAAAUAUAAAAAUUGCUACGAAUAAACUAGCGUGUUUGGGAAACGUUGUUGAAGAAAGCCUUGAGACCAUCUUCAGACCAGCUAAGGACCAGCAUAAACCAGCUUUGUUAACUCGGAGAUGAGUACCAAGGUUAAAAAAAAAGGCUGAAAAAAAAAAAUCUCACUCGUGGGUGCGAUUAUGGCAGUCGAUUACACAACAAGCUUUCAAGUCACAAUUUUUUUACAAAGCUGUUUACAACAAAGGGAAUCCUUCAUUUAGCCUAAUGACGAAGCGUUCAUACGGUGACAAAAACAUAUCGCCAACUACUGGCCUCUAAAGACCCUUAAUAUGAACUAGUGGAUGAAUCUUUGGUGAACUGAUUCAAAAUGUUUGACUCGCUGAGAUCAAAUCUCCACAGCGAAAACAAGCGCGUCUUGUUGCUAUGCAACAUCCCAGCGCUGCCAGAGCCGUAGAAACUUUACCUUUGUCUGCGAACUGCUUUUCUUUUUUUUUUCAUAUAAACCGCGUUAAAAACAAAAAAAAAAGGUGAUUCCGCUCCGCCGUGAUUCGCGCGACCAUAAGGCCUCACUGGGAAUCAUGAGUGUGCAUGUAAGAUGGAGACCAGAGCGCCACAGCAAGCGCAGAGAGGACCGUCUGUACAAGCAGCUUCUGAAUAACGCAAGCCAGACCCUCUCUUUCUCCAAAGAAGUUGUGGACGAGAUGGGGGCCGUUUCAUACAGAAAAGCUGACUUUAGCAGGCUUUUUCAUGCCACGGGCCCCUUAGCACCUGUUACCGGAUUAAAAAAAAUAAAGAGGCACGAGAACAAUGAAACGGGUUACGACAUUAAUCGCUUUACCCGAGAAAAAGGUAGACAGACUCCUGCAGUGAACACUAAGGUACCUUUCUUGAGUUGUAGUGAUCAAAGCAAGAUGUAUGAUGUGUUUAGAAUAAGAAAUCCGUUCGGGGUGUUAAAAGAGCACACAUGUCUGAAGGAAUCCUCACAAGAGGACCGUGAAGCCCAGAGCGGCAGGUGGCAGGAGUUUGCACAAAACAAGACGGGCCAAAUAUUACAGCUGAGGAAACAACACAGAAUACCAGGUUACGUGCUGUCUCCGGUAAGCACAGAUGUGCAGAACCGCUUACAUAAGAAAGCAACCACUGUGACCACGAAGUACAUUGAGAUCCCACAGGCCCCUCGGCUGCAGGACAUCUUGAAUCUACGUGCUGUCACAAAGGACGACUCCGAACUGGAGAUCUUCUCAGCAGGAAGUGGUGAAGCUGUAAGAGCAGAACAGCGACGGAUGGAUCGGCCCACCAAAAUUAUGAACUAUGUCCUCGAGCAGGGUCUCAGACAUCCUGACUUCAGCAGACAGGACCCUGAGAUGCAGAAACAGUCUGUGACUGAACUCUCCACACUUCGCUAUGCAGUUGAUCAGUGGAGGAAUGCCUGCAACAUCAAGUUGCCCUUGCAGAGAGUGACCAUCGAGGGUCUAAAAAGGGCUCUUAGUGACCCUAAUUACCCAGCGCGGCUGGAGGCCAUCUUAACUUGUGCACUGGGAGCAAUUAAUGGACCACAAGAAGAGCUUGACCCAGGCAAAGCAGUUCAACAUAGUAAGGGAUGCAAACUGAAGGCAUAUCCUCAGGAGCUGCAGGCUCUCAUUGUCUCAGCGCUUGAUGACCCAGUGAAGAGAGUUCAGAUGGCUGCUGCAGUGUGCCUUUAUGCCAUGAGGACACCUAACGCUCAUGCCAGAGACAUACUACGAAGCACUUUGAAGCAAGACCCUUCUGGCACAGGUAGAAACAGCUGGGUGGCGGCACAGUGCUUGGCGAUCGACGGUGAUACGAGUCAAGCUGUCAUACAGAGACUCCUGUCACAGCACUUUCUCAGAGACGCUCCUUCAGAUCACAAGCAGUCUAUGACACUUCUCUCCAACAUUAGCAGCAAGACCACACUAGUGCGCUCUCUUCUGGCAGAAGAGCUAAACAGUGCUAACUGGAAAACACGAGUUCAGGCCUGUACUAGCAUUGCGCAACUUCGAAGUCUAUUAAACAAGGAUCUUUGUAACAAACUGACGUACAUGAUGUGGAACGACUGGAGCUGUGCCGUUCGUCACGCUGCAGCACUGGCUCUGAGUAAAACGGAUGCGGCCAGAGAGAUGCACAGCGAGCUGAGUGCGAAGCUGAAGGAGGGUCCAACUGCUUGGCAGGUGGAAGCUCUGAUUUUCAUUGGCCGGCUCAGUAUAAUGACACCGAAGCUACUGCCUACUUUUCUGCAGUGCUUUAAUGAUGACUUUGUGGCUGUGCGCAAACAAGCUUGCUUGACUGCAGCAUCUCUAAUGAUGGAUGACCAGUUGGUCCUGGACCAGCUAAUUAACCUGAUGCAGAACGAUCCAUUGUGGGAGGUGAAAGUGGAAGCUAUUAAUGCUUUAGGAAAAAUAGGUUGGAUGAACCCAGCUCUCCAGGAGUUGCUGAUGUGGGCUCUACACCAUGAGGAGGAGCCCAGCGUGCGCAUCGCUGCCUGUAAGGCCCUGAGUACUUUAGGUGCAAAGGGUCCAGAGUUACAGCAUUUUCUACAGGAGCGUUAUGCACUGGAACACAGCGCUGAGGUGCAGAGGCACAUUGAAAGUCUUCUAAAUGAGCAUGGGUACAGUCUGAAGGGAAACGAAAGCAAGAUUCAUGAGAUAAAGCUCCAGGUGGAGCUGUUGUGUACAAAACACAUCAUUACACAGAAAGUGCUCUUAAUGGAAGAGAGGGGAAAGCAGCAAGAGCAAAAAUUAUUUGGCUAAAUUUAUAGCUUCAUUUGUCAUACUGUAUUAAAAAUUAUAAAGCCAGAGUCAAAUCUUUUACGUCGUUUCUCCUAAAUAUCAUCCACAGCAGUCACUGACGAUCAAGAAAGCAGGCUAAUAACAUCCAAAAUUGUUUUGAUCAAUCAGGUAUGUAG